AAGCACUCUCUCUCUACAGUUCAGUCUUCUCUGUCUGCCCUCUUUACUUUCUCCGCCCUCUGUAAACACAAUUACGUACGUACAUGAUAUGUGAAGACAGAUGGCGUCAUCCGCACCAUUGCUACAACAUCACUAUAGGCCUCGUCUUUUCCCCAAUUCCCAAUCGUCCGAUCCACCGUCUUCCACCUCUUGCUCUUCCUCUCACUACUGCUCUGCCUCUGCUUCAGCUUCGUCCCGCUGCCGCAGAGGAUUUGAUUGGAAAUUCAUAAGCUUUUUCGGUGUUAAUAAUAUCUGGAAGAAUCAGAAUCUAAGAGCUUAUGCUAUGAGUGCAUCUCAAGGAGUUAUUCCAUCACCAAGGGGCAUUAUCAAAGUGGGAGAUGAACCCGAUCAUCUCCUUGUCCUUGUUCACGGCAUCAUGGGAAGCCCAAGUGACUGGACUUACAUACAAGCAGAGUUGAAGAGGCGGCUAGGAAGCAAUUUUUUAAUCUAUGCAAGUUCAUGUAACUGUUAUACAAAAACAUUUACUGGGAUCGAUGGAGCUGGAAAACGGCUAGCGGACGAAGUAAUGCAGCUUGUGAAAGAGAGAGAGAGCCUAAUAAAGAUAUCUUUUCUAUCUCAUUCUCUUGGCGGGUUGAUUGCAAGAUAUGCAAUUUCUGUUCUUUAUACACCAAGCCCUUCCAGUGCUCAGUCAAAUGCAAAUCCUAUGUGCUCUUCAAAUAAAGGAUUAAUUGCUGGCUUGGAACCCAUCAAUUUCGUCACAUUGGCGACCCCACAUCUUGGAGUACGAGGCAACAAGCAGCUUCCAUUUCUCUUGGGAGUCAAUAUCUUGGAAAAGCUCGCUGCACCAAUGGCUCCGAUUUUUGUUGGUCGAACUGGUAGUCAGCUCUUCCUUACAGAUGGUAAACCAAAUAAACCGCCGCUUCUUUUACAAAUGGCAUCAGAUUGUGAAGAUGGGAAAUUUUUAUCUGCACUUGGUGCUUUUAGAUGCCGCAUUAUCUAUGCUAAUGUCUCUUAUGACCACAUGGUUGGUUGGCGGACUUCUUCAAUACGAAGGGAGAUUGAACUCGUCAAGCCCCCUACACGAUCAUUGGAUGGCUAUAAGCAUGUUGUAGGUGUCGAGUAUUGCCCUCCAGUUUUAUCGAACGGUCCUAAUUUCCCUCCAGAAGCAGCCAAAGCAAAGGAGGCUGCACAAAACAAACCUAGCACAAAGAAUACAUUAGAAUACCAUGAAAUUGUGGAAGAGGAAAUGAUACGUGGCAUGCAACAAUUAGGGUGGAAGAAAGUUGAUGUUAACUUCCACUCCGCAAUUUGGCCCUUCUUUGCUCAUAAUAAUAUCCAUGUGAAGAAUGAAUGGCUUCAUAAUUCUGGAGCUGGAGUAGUUGCUCACGUUGCGGACAACAUAAAGCAAGUAGAUUCUAACCCAUUACUAGCAGCCAGCUUGUAGUUCCAGCUAUAAACAGGUUCUUUAGAGUAUAUAUAUGGAAUAUUAUAUAUCAAUCAUGGAUUUAUAUAAAAGCAUUUGUUAUUUGACCCUUUUU